CCAACACACACAAAGCAUAUGAAAGUAGACACAAACACACGAAAAAACUCACAAGUCACAAAGAAAACAUCAAUGGCAUCCACUGACAAGUCACCAAACCCAACACCAGCAAAGGGUUCAGAUCCAACUCCGGGCGAAGCAAUGACAAUGGAACAACACGUGGUGGACAAGAGUGCAAUGAUGGUUCAAAGUUUCAAGCCCAUAAACCAAAUGAGUCAGCAUGUGUGUACCUUUGCUAUGUACAGUCAUGACAUGUCUCGCCAGAUUCAAACUCAUCACUACUGUUCAAGACUCACUGAACAGUUUCUACAAUGUGCUGUUUAUGAUUCUGAUGAUCCUAAUAAAGGUCGUCUUAUAGGUGUUGAGUAUAUCAUUUCUGAUGAUAUCUUUGAAACUUUGCCUCCUGAGGAACAGAAGCUUUGGCAUUCUCAUGCUUAUGAGAUAAAAUCAGGUCUGUGGGUGAAUCCUAGAGUUCCAGAGAUGAUUGGGAUGCCUGAGCUUGAAAGUCUUGCCAAAACUUAUGGAAAAUUCUGGUGUACGUGGCAGGUUGACCGAGGGGACAGGCUUCCACUGGGAGCACCAGCCCUUAUGAUGUCACCACAAGCGGUGAGUCCAGGAUUAGUGAGGCCAGAUAUCUUGCAUGAGAGGGACACCAAAUACAAAAUUUCCUCAGAGAGCCUUAAAAGCUCGAGGAUUGAGAUUCCAGAGCCAGAGAUGAUCCACCCAAUGGCUGACUAUUGGAAGCAACAUGGCAAAGGCUUUGUCAUUGACUUUGAAGAAACUGAAAUGAAAAAGAGGGCUCCUUUUCCUUGAACAUAUAGAUAUAACUAUAUAUAUGUAAUCUUGAGUGAAUAAAGCAUAUUAUUAUAUAGGGUUAAUAAGUCUUUAUCCAUGUAA